CGGCUAUCAACAUAACUCAGUCGCAAUUUCGCUGUACUAACGAAGAGACGCGUACACCGCUCAAAGGCUAUCCAGUCUGUUUGUUUAUAAAUCGAACAAUGAUCUUGAAUCGUAUGAUAAACAAAACAAUAAACGUUAUCUAGCGUUUGAUCUAUGAUGUGUUUUAAGGUUAAGUGAUGGAAUUUAGGAUGUAUAAUCAAUUAUAUGUAUGAUUUUUAUCGAUUUUAAAGAUGUUCGAAAUGUAGAACGGAGCUGUCACCGUGUCUAGGUCAGUUGAAAUACUUUGACAAGUACCUAUUAUCUAUCUUAUCAAACGGUGCAAUUAUUAAUUAUUGUGAUUCAAUGUCAAUGGCAGAAAACAGAAGUCAAUGAUUUAUGAUUAUCAGUUUAGAAUUGAUAACAGUUCGUAUUAGACCGCUAUUGUAAGUGUUUUUGUAGUUUUAGAAAUCUUGUGAAUACGUAUGUAGCUCAUAAUUACCUUAUAUUAGUGUUGUUUUGUGAAGCCCAGGUUUCUAGAAGUGUGUGAAAGUGCUUUGUUUUCUUUGUGAGACCUAUUGUUAACGGAUAAUUGCUUGUCGUCGAAAAUCAGCAAAAUGUUUGGAGUCUUCAUGAAACGAUGGAAGCCAAAAAGAACAUCAAACGCCGACAGAAAUGAAAGCCCCGAAGCAGAAGGCAACAUAUCCCCCGAGCCUCCCGACCGCCCCCCCGGAAAGGUUCGCCAAGUCCACCCUGAAGAAAAAACUCAAGUCCUCGCCUACGACUCGACUUACAAGAGAAAACCUAAAGCGCUCCCUCUAGAGGACUACAGUUACAACCAUCUAGCUAACACGAACGUAGCUAUGUCCCCUAUGUAUCCGCUCACACCGAACAUUUGUGUCGAAGGAGGGAAGAUUGAGUUCAUAAAGUCCCCGUCAGGGAGCGCUAGGAAUAGUGUGGCGCUAGUGUCGCCCCCGCAGACGCCGGUGGCGAGGCGCGGGUCGCGAGAGAAACGAGAGCGGAUAUAUGACGAGCCGACUGAGAAGUUCGAUGGGGAUAAGGAACUGCUGGAAAGGCGGAUUAAACAGCUGGAGGGCCAGCUGGAAGAGGAAAAGUCGCGGACGCAGCGCGAACGGAUGACCGUCACCAAGCUCCAGAAUAAACUUAUCAAGCGCGAGGGAGCGGCGCGCAGCGAUGCGGAGCGCGAGCGGCGCGCGCGCAGCGACUGGGAGGCGCGGGCGCGCGCCGCCGAGGCCGACGCGGCGCGGCUCGCGGGCAAGCUGCACGCUGCCCAGCGCGAGAUAUCCAGGAUGGAGGAGACAGUGCGAUCGCUGCUGCAAUACAAGGGCCGCGUGGAAACUCUGAAGCAAGAGAAGGCUUCGCUAUCUUCCGCCCUGGAGGCUUCAGCGGCGCACUACCAGAGCCAGCUGUCUGCGCUGACGGCGGAGAACGAGCGCCUGUGCACGCAGCUGGCGGCGGGCGGGGGGGAGCAUGAGCGGCGGCUCGACGACGUCGCGCAGCAGGUGGUGCGAGCAUUACUGUCACAAAAGAGCGUACGCGAAGAGCUGGGAUGCGCACGAGCACGCGUCCGAGAGCUGGAAGCUCAGAACCGAGCGCUGAGCGCGCUGUUAGUCCGUCAGCUACGCCCCGUCCCGCGGCCCUCGCCCGCCACUCCGCACACCCCGCUCACGCCCGCCAGGGACCUGCAAGUGCACCUCGUGGACGUCGGCUCCUGCGGCUCGUUGAUCUCGUUCCGCGACUCCCCGCCGCCCCCUCCGCCCGGCCCCGCGCCGGCGCUCUGCCACGACGACAAGCGACGGCAUCAAAUACUUGCGGACAUCUGGACUGAACUGAAGGGCUUGGAGGUGACCCCUGCUAACCUGGCCCGCGCAUUGUCUGCGGUGGACCCAACACUUUGGGCGGCGCCACCACGACCCGCCACGUUAAGCCUUAACAUGCCGCAAGCCUGUUCAGAUCCUGUUAGAGAUGGAGCCGGAGACAAGGUGACAGAAGAAGAAAAUUGUGAGACUGGUGAAGCAGGUGCAGAGUCUCCAGAAAGCGGCGCCAAAGAUGAAGGCUAUUCCACAAUGUCCAGCGAUGUUCAAGCCGACGCGUCAAGGCAAAGUGACCAUGCGGCGGACAGAGCCCUACCCGACCUUAACGAAGCGUCUGAUGAAACAGAUAAUCAAACAAUAGUAUCCAUAAACCCCAGAGAAUCUCGCCGGCACGCCAGGCUACUAGGGACCGAUGCGGAUUAUAUCUAUUUUCCAAUCGGUGUAGCGUUCGCUGGAGUCCGAGGAAGCUACCCUCCCUCACGACCAGUUUUGCCCUUUCAACACGUUGUGAGAAGUUUCUCCGAUUCCCAUCUCUGUCUGAAACUACUCGCUGGAACAACAUGCCCGACGAGUUGUCUAGAUAGCCCAACACCUAGUUCAGGCAUGUUAGUUUUAGAUCUAAACCCAGGCCCAGAGAGACCACUAAGGCGACCAGCCAUUGUAUCCACAACGAGUUCUGAAAGAGUCUCAUGGGGAAGUACGGCAGAUGAGCGCGCAGAUGGUUCGCAGUACGAUGCUGACUAUGUUCAACAUUGGCUCGAGUUAGACGAUGCCAGGUCAGCCUUACAACAGCGACAUCGAGAUAUAGCCGAGCUUGAGUACGACAGAGCGGAAUUAGAAGAUUGGAGCUUAUCACUAUCAUGUGAGGAUCUUAGAGACAGACAAUCUCCAUUCGCUGAAAUAACAACUCCUGGUCAAAUUUCGCUAUCGACACUACCGAGUAUAAGAGAAGAUGACGCUUUAGAACUCGAGGAAGACGUAGGAGAUUGUCUAUGGAACGACUGUGGUUUCGCGACAAUCGAAAUUGACGAGUGUAGAAUAGGAGAAGACUUAGAAACAUCAGAAAAGCGGUGGGAAUGUUCCAGAACUCAUUCACCUGGUGGCUCGUGGUCUAGUGCAUCGGACGCUCCAGACAAACGAUCAAGCACAGCGCUGAGUGAGGAUGGCGACUGCGCAAACGUAGGGCUUGAUUUCACCCGGGACUUUUAUAGGCUAGUUAAAUACGAGAGCACAAAAAGCUUAGCAUCAAAUUCCUCGAGAGGUUUACCGACAGCUGACGGCAACAACCAUUUGCGGUUUCACGAUGUUCAAGCGAUGGCAUUGCAAGAUCGUGAGCAAGCGCUUCAGAAUGUACUUAAUUUCAUCGCAGAACAGCAAAAGUAUUGCCGGGAUAGAGAGGAAUCUGAUUCAAUGUCUUCAAGACCCGUAUCUGAAAUAAGAGAACUACCACCUCCCUACGCGGCGGCCGAUUUCGAUGACGAAUCAAUAGGGCCGAGAAGCGAAGUUUCAGAAGACCGUCCUCGACCAGACUCUUUUAGCAGCUUCUCAGAGAACGACUCCUGUGACGUCCUUCCCGAGAGGCCGAGAAUCCAAUUUUGUGAUACCGUAUCCGAGCCAAGGUCUACUCCACGUUUCAUCGAACGUGAAGGUCCUUACGUAGAAUCAGAGGACUACUACGACGAAUUUACACGAACCGACAACGAUGAAAAUGAAUUAGACGAGCAUCAUCUUUUAAAAGUUCAACGGAAGAACGAAAUCAAUAGAACGAAUGACCGAAGUAAAAUAACAGAUUUAGACAUGUCUGAAAAGUUCGAGGAGAGGUCAUGUGAUAUCGAUUCUAGUCGACCGGAAGAUUUCAAAGAGACUGCUGUAAAAAUAUUGUUGAAGCAAGGCUUGAGCGAGAGGCCAGAACUAGAUACGUGUCUUAUAAAAUCAUCGAGCUUCCCCUUCGCCAACGGCGAGACCGAAGUGUCUUUAGUCGAGGAAGUGCUGAGCGCUUGUAGGCGGAGCACGGGAGCUUUAGUUACCGUUCCCGAAGAGGAGGAGAAUUCAUCUCCCGAAACUAGCUCGCCUCAGAUGACGGAAUCGAAUACGACGAGCACUUCCACUGCCGAAACUGUGAUAGUAAGUAAUAAGGAGAGGGAGAGGCCUAAAGAGAAGAGUCGUAUACCGAUGUUGCUGGGCGGGAAGAGGCCGCCGUCGUCGCCGCGGCGGUCGAAGAUCCCCGUGGUGGAGAAGAAAGGCGUGGCGGCGGCGCCGGAGCCAAUCAUCGUCAAGCAGGAGCACACGCUCAGUUUCCAUGAAGCUGCCACUUCUAAGGACGUCAUUGAAGAACUGAACAGAAUGAUCCGUCAGAGUGAGGGCGCCUCAGAAGUGAAGAAUGAAGACCGAGGGCAGGCACAGAAAGAUGGCGCUCUGUGGGCGCCAACUGGCUGGGUCCAUGUUGAGAAGGACAUCGACUUUAGCGACCCUAAGGCGCGCGCCAACCUGCUGGACGUGAUGCUGGCGUCCAGCGACUCGUCGCCGUCCUCGUGCGGCUCCUCGCCCGCCGAGCCGCCGCCGCCGCCGCAGUACUCGCGCCUGCACCGCCUGCACCGCUCCCGGAGGCAGAAGACCGCGGCCGCGCUGCGCAGCCGCGGGCUGGGCGUGCUGCGCUGGCCGCGCGCGCGCCGCCCGUCCAUCCUCGGCCGCGACGGCUUCUUCGUGCGCUACGGCGAGCCCGAGCGCGCCGCCGUCGCCACCUUCGACUUCCUCGACGACGUGGAGACCAAAGACUGUACCUAUUAGCAAUAACGCCUCCUAAAAACUAUAUUUUUCUAUGUGAUACGGUGACUGAAGUGUAUGUCCGCUUCCGCGUUUGUGCGAGCCAAAUUGUUUUUCUAGUGUAGCGUUGUUGAUUGCUGCACUCGGGUGUGGCUGCGGCUUCUUAGACGUUUUACGUAUUUGUAAAUCCAUCUUGAUUUUGCCCCGUGGAUACUGUCCUCUGUAUCUUGAAAAUACUUAAUUACUUUGGCAAAAUCAGAAUGGAUGAAAAACACUUACCUACUUUUAGGUGUAGUAAUUUCACUCUUGUAACGUUAACUCGAAACUACGACGAAGCACCUAGUCUUUAAAAUCUUCCUCGUUUUUACUAAGUAAGGUAGAAAAUGGGCCGAGUUGUAUGAUGAUGUGUUUGAUGUACAAAUUGGUAAAACUCUUUCGUUUGUUUAUUCGUGUAACAAAAUCGUACCGCAUUGAAUGAAAUUCACCAUCCUGUUUUGCGUAAUUAUUGUGUUUGAUAGUUUUAUCUGCGUGUGAACGCUUGCAACACAGCUUGUACGAGCGAUAAUAGCUUUUAUUACAAUAGCAAUACGAACGGUUGAUUACUCCCAGCGAUGUCUUGCUUACGCUUCGAACGACUUAGGUAAGAAGACGAACUAUUGACUAAGAAAAUGGAAAGCUGCGGCCUCGAAGUAAUGUGAUAUUUUUGUAUAUACUGUAAGUCCCACUUAUUUUCGUAUACAUUUAAAUGGAUUCAUUUGUAACCGAACGAAGCGUAUUCAGCUGUUGGUUCUAGGGUGAAAAGAAAAUGUGUUUUCGUGUAGUGUCGUGCGUGGCGGUAGUUGCACGAUAUAGGCUUGAAGUUGUACUAAUACAUUAAGAGAUGGCGCUAUUGUCAAUUACAACAUUUUUAAAACCAAUUAUUCGUUGUAUCGUCCAACUAUCACCACGUAAUUAAACUAUUAGGUACUUAUGUAAAUACUGACGAUGAUGAAUUCGCGUAACGAGCUAUAGUAACUACACCUAUUAAUUAUAAAGAAUAGUCAUAUUAUAGUGUAACUGUCGAUUAACCUUACAAAAUCCGUUAAAAUCGAAGGGUACUAAAGUAUGUUAAGUGUAUAUAAUAUUACUUGUCAUUGAUGCUAUUUAUUGAUUUGUAUCAUUUGCGGGUCUUCGAUCGUUUGUGUUAUACUUAGGUACAUAUCAUGAAUUGCUCGUUUAUUAUAUUGUAUUUAUAUUGGCGUGAUUUAUGGCGAUUCUUGACUUGGGAACUGUAAAGGCCACAAUUUGGGUUGCUAUAGCAAACGACUACCUCUGUGACAUGAAUCUCAAAGGGUUUAUAAAAAAAUGUUAAACUAAUAUAGCGCCAUCUGUCGGGCAAUAUGUCAAUAUGUUCGAUAGAGGCGCUGUAACUACUAAAAUAAAAGUGAUACAUUGAUAACUACAAAUUUGUUUAACUGAUAGUAAGGUAUGUUUCCCUCUUUGCAAUGUGCACACUCAACCAGAAAGCGAUACGGUAUUUAUAGUAAUUAAUACUAAAUAACUUACUUAUACAAGGUGUUUGGUACAUCGUUUGCCAAAUUAAAACGGCAGAUAGGUUGAGUCAUUUGCUAUCUGCUCAUGCCUAGAAAAAAAAAUUGGCCAUGUUUUUUUUUACUACUGCGCAAGUAAAAAUUUGAAAUUUACGAAAAGCAGCUCCAUGCUGGGAAAAAAAAAGUGCGCAAAAUUAAAAAUUUCUAGGCCUGGGAAAAUAGCAAAUAACUCAACCUAUCUGCCGUUUUAAUUUGGCAAACGAUGUACCAAACACCCUAUGUAUACCUACUGCAACCAAAUUGUUAAAAAAACUCUCACUAAGUAACAAUGACGGGAGAAAUUUUCCUUACUGCCCCCAUGUCUAUUAAAUUACCCGCAUAUCUAAGAAAAUGUUUUUUAAUCAGUUCAUUAACAACCAUUUUACUCGAACCCUAUCCGGUAUCUUUUCCGGUUGAUUUGCACAUCCUUGGUUCAAGUCAAGGUACGUCUGUUAUGUAUACUUGCUCGUAAUUGUUUAUAUCUAUAUAUUUUGAUUCCUUACGGUUGUAAACCUUUGCCUAUUAUGGUUGCAUAUGUCGAAAAACGCGUCUAAAUUAAAAUUACAUCACCCUGCCGCUUAUUUACAUAGUUUUGCAAAAUGGAUCCAAAUCAAACAAUUUUUUUAAAUAGAUCCAUAUGACGAACGUUAUUUGUGUUAUUUGGAUCCGUCUAAACUGUCCGUUUAAAUCCAAACCUAUCUUACGAGCGAACAAACAAGAUGUCGAAAAAAAUAAACAUGUUAUUUUUUUUUAACUCACCUAAAUUGCUGAAAAUUAGGUUGCUAUAUUAAUAUCUCGUUCGCACACAUUCAUUACAGAUAAUAUGUAGCAAUAUAAAUAUACAAAAUAAAAUCAUUAGGCGCGUGUGAUGUCGCCAUCGAAGCUUGUAAAAGACGGGUCAUUUUAGUAUAGACUUAUUCUAAAUGUAGAUGUCCUAUGAACUGGAAUCUUGCCUACUUGACCUCCAGGACCUUUAUUACACUUUGCUUUGAUCUCAUUGGUUACUUACUUACACAUACUUACUUAAUGGCGCAGCGACCCAAAAUGAGUCUUGGCCUCCGACACGAGUACACGCCAAUUGUCUCGAUCCUGUACCAUCUCCCGCCAGUUAUCGGCAUGGAGAUCGCGCAGGUCCGCUUGAACCGCAUCGCUCCAGCGAUACCUGGGACGUCCGAUCGGCCUCCGGCCUACCGAGCGUCGCAAGUCUCAUUGAGCGUCUCAUUGGUUACAAUACUUACAAUAUUUUAUUUCAUUGGAUCACACCAAACCCACGUUCCUACUGGUUGAUUGAUGCACCUAAAGUUCACUUUGGCAAAGUGGAAUAGAGGCUCAAUAGGAUUAAUUUCUCCGAUUUUUCUGCAAGUUUUUGGGUCAAUUAGGUACCUACUAGUUUCUUAGCGUAACUAACAUUUUCACGAAAUCCACUCGUUAAGCACACACAGUUUCAGUUUAGGGGCUUUGCUUUAAAGUUUUAAAACGAAUUUACGACUUUGGUCGCUACACCUACGGCGCGAUUCGGGAAAUGAAUUAGAGAUUCACUAGGUAUGAAGUAGUAAAGAUAUGAGACGUUCCACGGCAAAAGGUACCAUUGCUCCUGAAUAUUGGAGCGGGGUUAAUAAUAGCGUAAGCGUCAGCCGCCAUAAGGUACCUUUUGCCGUGGAACGUCACAUAUCAUUACUAUUUCAUAUCUAGUGAAUCUCUAAUUCAUUUCCCUAAUCGCGCCGUUAUUACAUUUAACAUUUGACAUUUUCACUUCCUACUAAGUGAAUAUUUUUUGUAACUUCGUUUGUAAACUUUUGAGCCAGAUCCCCGGUAAAAUUACCCCAGCCUUGUUUAAUGGUUAAUAUUGAAGACAAUAAAGGAAGAUUUAUACCUAUUAUUAAUUAUUGAUAAAUAUAGGUAAACGAAGCGAAACGAUCGAUAUCUAAAAUAUUAACUUAUUAGUAUAGGUUACCUACAUUAUUGAUACGAUGUAUUUGGUAUUCUGUAAAUGCGAAUAGGACAGGAAACGUCUGUAUAUAAAUUUGGGUAUUUACUAAUUAAUAGUUAUUACGAUUAUACAAUCGACAAGUUUUUGUAGUCAUACCUAUUAUUAAAAAAUAUCAGUUUGAUUUCAUAUUACUUAUCGGCCAUGUUGGGUGUGGUAACCCUGUGUUUGAUUUAUCAUACCUAUACCUAAAAAAAGUAAUGUUAGUAAACAUUGUAAACAAGUUUGAUAACAUCUGUGCAAUUUACCUCCGGAAAUUAUGUAAACUACAAUUGUUUGCAUUAAAAUUACCGAGGUAAUGUAAACCUGUGGUUAUUUUUUGUCUCGACUGAAAAGAAUGUUAAAACAAUUGUCAUAACAAUUCCUAUCAUUAUCAAGGGUAUUGAAAUAGUUAAGUGAAAUGGAUCCAACCUACAGAAUAAUGAUCAUUUAAAAUUGAAUAAAAAAAGGUUAAAUUUGAAUUGAUAUUGUUUGCGAAUUGGAUCCUUUUCGCUAAAAGAUUUAUAUCCCGAAUAUUCAGAUGUACCUAUUUUCAUUCCUAUCCAUAGUUGUUAAUUGUCAUGUAAAAUACAUAGUUAAAACGAAUUGGCAUAUUUAUUUCAUAAUAAAAACGUAUUAUAACCAUUGUAUUCAUUAUAAAUAACCGUAGGAUCCAAGAGGUACUGUGAUUGGUAACUACCACUUAAUUUUGGAGCACAAUUUGAAAUAAAUGAAAUUUAAUAUAAAUUAUUCCUUGGUAAUCGGUGCAUUUGUUCGUACAUUCUAACCUAAGAAAUAGAAUACUUGAGAUAGGUAGGUACUUUGAACAGUACAAAAAGUGUAGAAUAACUGUAUAAUUUAACUAUAACAGAUGGGUAAUAAACGAUUCCGUUCCCAAUUGA